CACACCCUUUAAAAGUCCACGUAUAAUCGGCUGUUAACAACACAGCUGAGCAGGAGGAGCGAGCGUAGACAGAGAGACAUACAGAAUUUUUUUCUCCAGAGGAAGACAUCCCUAAGUUUAUUGUGGAAGUAAGAUAAGCUUGUUUUGACUGGAGAGAAAAUGGGAAACGAGAAUUCCAAGAGCUCUGAGCUAAAAAAGGAGGAGAAAAUUCCUGAGAAACAUGAGAACGGGCCGGUGAAUGGCAGUGCCCCAAAAGCCACACCUAACGGACUGCUCAAUGAUGUCAAGAACGAAGCUGCCGCCCAGCAAGACGGUCAACCGCCAUCUGACGGCAUCACCAUAGUUCCGGCUGAGUAUGUGAUUAUCGACUCAGAAUCCCAGACUGCCAGCGAUCAGGUCAGCCCUGAAAUCCCUGACGCCACGACUGAGAAGCCUCCGAAUGACGGAGCCGCCCCUGAAAUCCCUGACUCUGCUCAAGCGACUCCUGACACCCCUGAUGCCACCGAUGUGAAACCAUCCAACGAUCAAGUCACUCCUGAUACUCCUGACGCGACCAAUGACAAACCUGACAGUGAUCAGGUCACUCCCGACACCCCUGAUUCCACCGAUGAGAAGCCCGUCGAGGCUCCCGAAGCCGCCACUGUCAAUGAAGAAGAAAAAAAAGUGAAAAAGGAAAAAGUUAAUAUUUUUAGCAAAAUGUUUAAAAAGAAAGAGCAGCCGUCGCCUCCUCCACCUGAAGCUGAGACCGUGGAGGAAAAGAACACGUCAAGCGAAGAUCAGUCAGAUGUCAGUCCUCCGCCAAAUGAACCACAGGUGGAGACGGCUGACAGCCCAAAGCAGGAAGCCGAGGCACUAGUGGAGCCACAACCUGAGACUCCAGAAUCUGCUCCACGGGAGGAGGAAGAGAAAGCUCCUGAAUCCGAGGAGGCGAACAGUGAAGCUGCAGAAAGCCGAGAGGAGACGGGCCCAGAAGACAGCUCAGUUAUGAACUUCCUCAAAACCCUAGUGAACACCACAAAAACAUCCAAAAAGGAAACAGCUUCUCCUGAUGCAGCAAAAGAUCAGUCCCAGACGGAGAGUCAACCAGCAGCAACAACUACUGUUGCACAGAUAUCUGAACCGCCUGCACCGCCCAAAGGGAUGUCUAUCCCACCGCCGCCUCCUCCAGAGCCACCGAAACUGGAAGUCAAAGGAGAACCGAGCGCCAAAGCUGCAAAACCGUCGCCUAAGGAAGAACCAAAAGCUGCGGCGAAGGAAGCCGAGUCCUCUAAAGGAAAAUCAGCCAAAGAUGCUCUGAGCAGCUUCUUCCGCCAAAAGGUACGGCUAGGAAUCAAGACACCCAAACGCAAAGGCGCUUCAGCCAGUGGAGCCAAGACUGCAGCCGUGACAAUCAAGGAUGUGCCCGAACCAGCAGUACAGAUAGAGGUACAGCCAGAGGAGACACCAGUGGAGGCGCCAGAGCCUGUGCAGAUCGAAGAUAAGGUUGAUCUUCAGGAGGCAGCAGUGGAGGUGGCUCAGUCAUUUGUAGGAGAAGUGCAGCAAGUGUUUGAAGACUUACUACAGCCAGAGGUAGAAGCUGAGAAGGUGGAUCCCUCGAAAACUGGCACUUUGGAGGCAGCUGCUAAACCAGAACCGCCGGCACCUGUUCAGGAGGAGAAGAAAACCUCAAAAUCGCCUUUUCUUUCUCUUUUCAAGCCCAAAGCACUGUUAGAUCACAUGACCACAAAAGUCCAAGCAGCCUCCACAAGUGGAGUUCGCCUCCUCAGGAAAACUUCUGGACUGGGGGCUGCAUCCAAGAAGGAGACCGCGACCCCGCCUGCAGCAGCAGCAGAGGCCGCUCAGGCAGCCAAAGCCAAGGAGGAACCCAAAGCAGCCGCCAAGUCUUCAGAGGUGGUCGUAGACAACAAGGCUGCUCCGGCGGCCUCCCAAGCUGCAGAUGAUGCAGCCAAGGGGGCUAAAAAACUGGAGAAGAGGAACUCCAUCCAGGGGUUCUUUAAAAAUCUGAGUCAGAAACGUCACUCUACAGACGCCGGAGUCCAGACAGAAGCAGCAACUGAGAAAGCCAAAUGAAACCACAACCAGACCUGAAGUUCACUUGUACAGACUCUCUCUCUCUCUCUCUCUCUCUCUCUCUCUCUCUCUCUCUCUCUCUCUCUCUCUCUCUCUCUCUCCAGCUCUUACUCAACGUUUCUUUCUGUUUCACUCUAUCAUUGCUCUCUCAACCCUCAAUUACUCUAACUGUUCUUUUUUUUUUUUUUUUUUACUGUUCAGAAUUUACAAAGCAAAGAUUGUUCGACUGCUAAAGGAACGUGAACCGCAGUGAGCACGAGCAGGGUAGUGCAAGGUGUGGAGAUCUGAAAUGAUCAAAGGCAAAUAUGUCAAGAUAUAUAUAUAUAUAUAUUUUUGGUCGUAUAAAUGUCCUGAGAAGUAUACAGCAGCGUGUGAAACCUUUUCCACAGAUCUUCUCCUUGGUUCCAAAAUCUAACAAACUUGACUUUAAUCAAUAUAAAGUUUCAUGCUUUGCUUUAAUAAUUGUUUUUUUUUUCUCUAAAAAUGUUGUUUUCUGUAAAAAAAAAAAAAAAAAUCAACAUGGGGUCUAUUUUUCAUAAUUUUUCACAGAAAAAAAAUCAUGUUCUUGCAGUAAUCCUCUGCUUACUUUGAGAAAAAAAAAAACACUAGGAAAUGGAACCCCGAUAUAAAAGAAAUCCAUUAGGAUUUGAUAGAUUUGAUAUUAAGAAGCAUGCUCGUUGCACUAAUAUUUAAACUAUGUUUUUGCUAUGAAUAAACUAAAGCACAGAUAUGCAAUAGGGUCUCACAUGAUAUCACAAUCCUGACUGUAUUACGGGGAAAUGACUGUAAAUGUCUUACUGCGGUCUCAAAAAAUCAUUUUGUGGAGCAAAUGUGUCCUUGUGGUACGUUUCGCAAUCAUCACAAACCAAAACUGAUUUGCUUUUCAUUUGAUUUCGGCACUUUGUGUUUAUCUCAAGUCUUGUGGUGUGACCUAUCUGUGUAAUUAACAUGAGACUUUUGUUUGCCUGUAUGUACGCUUGUAUGUGUAACAUGAGCUACCUUGAAGUCAAUAAAUACAUUCAGCUUU